GGGUGGGGGGGGGGACACUUGGAUGGAGAGGGCGCAGUGAUCGGGCUGAGAGAGAGCCGUUUGCCGGGUGUAGGAGGGCAGUGAGACCGGGUAGUUUGGAGGCUCGGGGAGCCAGGUGCGGCGAGGUAGCGGCUCCAUGAGCGGCUCCUGCCGGGACAGAGCGCCCAGAGCCCAGCCGGAGCGUCUGCACCGCCGCGGGUAAAAAGCCCCGGGGCCACAGGACGGCGGCCAGUUUGGAAGUUUUGAUGCAUAUGAUCACAACCACCAUGAUUUUUAUGAUUCUUGGUGCUUCAGUUGUAAUGGCGAUAGCCUGUUUAAUGGACAUGAACGCACUACUGGAUCGCUUUCACAACUACAUCUUACCGCAUCUACGAGGGGAGGACCGCGUCUGUCACUGCAACUGUGGGAGACAUCAUGUCCACUAUGUAAUCCCAUAUGAUGGGGACCAUUCGUUGGUGGACUCAUCAGAGAACUACUUUGUGAGUGACAGUGUGACCAAGCAGGAGAUGGACUUGAUGCUCGGGCUGCUGCUGGGCUUCUGUAUUAGCUGGCUGCUGCUGUGGCUGGACGGAGUCCUACACUGUGCCGUCAGGGCCUGGAGGGCGAGCCGCUACUACGAUACCCCGUCCUGGUCAUGGCUGCCGCAGUUCUGCAACCUGCGGGACCUUCGUCGUCGAGCCCAGCUCCGACAAAUGGAGGACUCCAGCGGCAACAUGGUCCACAUCAAACAGAAGCUCUACCACAACGGCCACCCCAGUCCCCGUCACCUCUGACUCUAAAAAACAAACAAACAAAAAACAAAAAUAUCUCAGUCCCCGUCUCUAAAACACACCCUCCUUUUCCCUCACUUAUCUUUCCAAACAGCUCGUUGGCCAGCGAUUGCCUCAGAGACCCUGGAAACUGCCCUCCACUAACACGGCCCAGUUAAACCUCCGUGACAGGGCUUUAUUAUGACUAAAAUCCGGCACCUGUCAGCACAGGUAUAAAAAAUUUAAAAAAAAUCCCAAAACGGAGCGAGAUGACGAUUAUUUGUUGCCAAUGAAAUCUUGUCUUAUGUCCAUGUCCACCAUUGUGGGAGAAAGAAGGGGAAAAAAAAAACAUUUUUAAGGGUGUUUUUUCUGUAUAGGGACGUUUUCUGUGUUCAUUGUUAAACUUGGCAUGCUCUUUUAGAACAGGGUAAGAUGUGGGCAGUGUAUGGAAUGGGGUGGCAAGAUGGGUGUCUUGAUGUUUUUUUUCUCUGAA